AUGGGCCGCCCUUCAACCUCACCCUCGCGCCAGGCAACCCCCCGCACGUCCUCGACAAAGUCAGCCUCAAGUUCAAUCCUUGUGAGUUUGUGGAACCCGUCUGGCUCUCCUGCUCUCCAACUAAUCCCCGCCCCCCUCGCCCCGCCCGCACCAGACCUGGACAGCGGGCGCGGGGGAGCGGAACUGUGGCUAGUGGACAGCGCGGACAGGGAGGAGCACCGGACGCUCCAGGUGGGCGUGACGGUGAGCGACGCGGGCGGCCUGGCGGCGACCUACGCCCUCACCCUCAUCGUGGACGACCUCAACGACCACCCCAUGAAACCGGCCGCCAAGACGGUGUACCUGUGGAAGACGCAGGACGGGGGUUCAGACGCUCCUCUCGGGCGCGUGUACGUGGACGACCCCGACGACUGGGACCUGCAGGACAAGGCGUUUCGGUGGGCGGAGGAGUCACCGCACCCGCUCUUCUCGCUCGAUGAAGCUUCGGGCGCUAUCUUCGCCUCCGGUCAGGUCAGGGAGGGAAGGUACGACCUGGCCUUCUCCGUGAGCGACGCGGCGUGGGCGCAACGCGGGGUGGCGGCCAACGUGACGGUGCAGGUGCGCGUGCUGACUCCGGACGCCCUGGAGAACGCCACGCCCAUCAGCCUCACGCCCAUGACGCCGUCGGACCUCACCAAGGGCUGGGCGCCCGAGCGAGGAGGAGGCGGUCUGGGGAACCUGACCCGCGCGGUGCUGGGGGUCGUGGGCGGCGCCACCCACUCCGUCGAGGUGGUCAGCGUCUACGCCCAUCGUGGUGAUCUCUCGCGCCCACCUAACUCGACGACGGCCCAUGACCCCGCCCAGGAAGAGCCUCCUACGACGUGCGUGUGGGUGAGCGUGCGCGAGGCGGGUGCGCGACGAGGCUUCAUGGACCCCGUCAAGCUGCAGGGGCUGCUGGGCCUGCACGCUCGCCAGAUCGAAGAGGCCACCGGGCUGAGACUGACCCUGCUGGAGGAGACGCGAAGCCGGGGUGAUGAAGAGAGCGACGCCCUCCACUCCGCGCCCUCUCUGGCCUCCACUUCACAACCUCUGCAAGUUGUGGACACGAACGUGACUUCUCUUGUGACACCCAGACUUGUCCGCCCACAUCCGUGUCACGUCACCCACGCCCAGUCCCGUUCUCCAGGUCUACUCGGAUGCACGCCCACCUCAUGCUUAAACGGUGGGCGUUGCGUCAGGUUCUAUGACGGUGAUAGGUGCGUGUGCCCCGGGGGGACGACAGGCCCGCAGUGCAAGGUGUUGUCGCGCACCUUCAUGGGCUCCGGGUGGGCGUGGCUUCCCCCUCUCCCCCCCUGCACGCCCCUCACUCUCUCCCUCCGAAUCUUGCUCGCCCACCCACGGCCAAGAGACGCGCUCAUCCUCUACUCCGGGCCCCUCGCGCCCACGCCCAGGGGCCCGAGCACCCCGCCUGCGUCGAUGCUUGCCGUGCAGCUGGUGGGCGGCGGAGCGCGGUUGCAGGUGGUGGUGGAGGGGGGCGCGGGGGGGAGGGCGAAGGCGGAGCUGGAGGCGACGCUGCACGACGGCGCCUGGCACGACGUCCACGUGCACAUGGACCGCAAGGGCGUGGGCGUGAUGCUGGACCUGUGUGAGGGGAGCUGGGAUGGGCCAAACACGGCCCAGCAGUGCCUUGCGCGGGCGGCCUGGACCCACCGCGAGGGGGAGGCAAGAGAGUGGGUGCCGUCGGGGCCGCUGCAGGUGGGCGGCUUGGCGCACCCGCCGCCCCUGCCGCAGGACCACGGCUGGCUCUACGCGGCCAAAGCCGACCCGCUUGAAGGCUGCGUCUCGCAUGUCACCGUCAACGGUCAGGUGAGUCGCUUCCGCGCCCACGCCCCUACGCCCACGCUCUCCGCGCUCGGGACUCGGGCUCCGGCCCUCGCCCGCCCUCGUUGCAGGAUUCCUUAUGGGAGUCUUGUGUUAUUACCCUUGCUGUUGCAGGUGCAAGACCUAGGGCAGCCGCCCAACGCCCAUGCCACUGUGGGCGGGUGCAGACAACAGGAGAGGGCUUGUGCGGACGGGUGCGGCCUCCGUGGGCUGUGCGUGGGCGGGAUGAAGGAGUCAAGGUGCGAGUGCGAGGCCGGGUGGGCGGGGCCUCGAUGCGCGACGCCCACGGUCCCUUCCGCCCUCGGUUCCUCGUCGUACAUGAAGGUGGCGCUCUCCUUCGCGCCCACGCCCACGGCUCUCUCCGUCCAGCUGCGCGUGAGGACCCGGGGCGCGCGGGACGGGCUACUGGUGCGCCUGGCCGCCCACCGCCCGCCAGCCGCCCUCACUCUGCAGCUGCGCUCGGGCGUCGCCUGCGCCUCCGUCUCGGGCGCGGGGUGGGCGGCCCAGGAGGUGUGCGUGGAGGGACGCGCUCUCGGGGACGGCGAGUGGCACACCCUCGCGGCCGAGCGUCGGGGACACAACCUCCUCCUGCGCGUCGACGGCGGGGACGGCAGGAGCCUCACGAACCACUCACUGGACUCCUUCGCUCUGCUGUCAUGGGACGCCCGCGGAGGAACGGGGGCCGAGCAAAGGGGGAAAGGGGGCGGUCGGCGCCCCAAGAACCUCACUCAUCCCGCGCUGCCGCCCUUCCUCCACGUGGAUAAGCACGACGGGGUGACCGUCGGCGGCUGGCCGGAGUUUGAAGCAGGGAGACUCGUGCGCGUGCACCAUGACCUCAAUGAGAGCUGCAUCGACGAUCUGCGGAUAACAGGGCGGCCGCUGCCUCUUCCGCCCGCGGUCAACGGAAGCAGGUGGGGCCAGGUGACCACUUCCCGCCACUUGACUCUCGGCUGCGCUGGCGACUCGGGUGCCUGUCUCAACUACACCUGUGAACCUCCGCUCACCUGCACUGCCCCCUGGGGCCGACAGCCUUCUUGCAGCUGCGGACCAGGCCGGAUCCAGAUCGGGCACGCGUGCGAGGACGUGGACGAGUGUGCAUGGCAACCCUGCCUCCAUGGGGGUACCUGCUACAACCUGCAGUCUGGCCACAAAUGCGUGUGUGGUCCCAGCCACAUGGGGGACCACUGCGAGUGGCCACACUCAGCCCCAAGCACAGGACCCCUUGGCAGCCCGGGCACCAUCACAGCUUUCUCCGUCACUAUCUUGCUAAUGGUUGUGCUGCUUACAGUGCUCUCCCGACACCUGGCGCGGCACUUCUGCAGAGGCGGCCCCAGGGGGGGGAAGGGCGUGGAGGGGCUGGCCACGGGGCGAGAGGUCAAGGGAGGGGUCACGGAGGGCGGGGGGGAGCGCACGGCGGCGACCCGCGCCAGAAAGGACGGGCCUCAGGGAUCCUUUCUAAAGGACUUAGAUUGUAGGGGCACCGGUGAAGACCACGCUGCCUGGCAGAGCGAAGACGUCGAGGUUGACCCUUCGUUUGUGGCAAUACCGCUUUGUGGCAGGUCCAGCAUGGAUCAUGUUGAACAGGAAGGAAGCCAAGCAGUUGUCCCUGGCAUUCCAGAGCCCGUUUUACCUCCUGAUGACCUUAGAGCUUAUGCUUACGAGGGAGAAAGCUCUCCCCCAGGUUCCCUUUCCUCUACCAUCUCAGGACUGCAAGAAGAAAUUAAUAAUAUCAAACCCCAAAUGCCACAACUCCUGGAGGUCAUGGAGCUUCUGAAAAAUCUUCCGGACGGGUCAAGAUCCUCCUUUACAGUAAGCAGUCCUCACGCAGGAGAGGAACGAAAAGAAGCACCUGUAACCCCCCCUAAAUUAGGUGAACAUGAAAUAAACAGGCGGUUAAAAAACAAUAUAAAGAUACCAAGAACUGCAGAGGCUUGGUCACAGCCUUACCUUUUCAGACUUUUGAUUCAGUCUUCUACUUUUAUUUCACACAAAUGGAAAAGUGUAACAGGCAGCAAUUCGUGCAAUGAGGAAAGGGAUCAGACUGACAUGCAAAGAAAGUCUCAGCUGACUACUAUUUCAUAGAAUCUUCCUCUACCCAGAUGCUAUUCAGACGUUCUCAGCUGGCACUUAUUUCACAAAAUCGUCCUUUCCUUUUUUUUGAAACAGUUUGUUCUAAGAUUAAUGGGCACAAACUGGGUAAUGGGUCGGAGUUUUUACUUUGUUAUCCACACUGAAAUCUCAUUGAAUGAAUAAUAAAUUAGUUAUUUCCAGGGUUUAACUGACCUAUUCUGAAAAGCAAAAUAAAAUACAAUACUAUAAUGUAACAGGAAGGUAUUAUAUGUACUUUACCUAGGCUGUAAUAUAUAUUUAUAUAUAUAUAUAUAAUUUUUUUUUUUUCCCCUUUUUUUACUAAUGAUAUGAUUUCAAGUCUCCUCACCUAUAGUUAAACAUCUGUUUGUCAGAAUGCAAUGGGCCAUCACCAAGAAUUAGAAAAGCCAAGUAUCUCAUUGCCCAUUUGGGAAAUCAGUCUGAAAGGUCAUUUCAUUUUCAGUGCCAUAUUUUUCUAGUAAUCUUUAAGUUUAGUACAUUUAGUGUGUGAGAAGGUUUUAUAAAAUAUAUUGCUCUCACUUUGAA